CAUCACUUGGGGACAGGCUGCAAGAUACCAGUGCAGAGCCAGGUAUAUAUCUCCACCUGGGCACAGGCUGGAAACUACCAUUGCAGCACAGUUCCAGAAAAAGGAAUAGUAUUUGGAGCAACUUUGACAGAAGAAGGAAUUGCACAAAUUUACCAGCUUAUAGAUUAUCUACAUAAAAAUCAGCGUACUGAGGGAUUGUUUCGUAUUCCGGGGGACAGCCAUCGACAACAAAUUAUUAAAGACUUGCUCAACAGUGGAAUGGAUAUUGAUGUGGAGUCUGGAGAGUUUCAUCCUAAUGAUGUAGCCACUUUACUAAAAAUGUACCUCAGUGAAUUGCCAGAGCCUUUGCUGACACACAGGCAUUAUAACGCUCAUUUAAAAAUUACCUAAUGCUUUUCGAUGCCAAGUGUAAUAGGACAGGCGUACCAGAUUAAGAGCGACAGAUCGAGGCAUUGCAACUUCUUUUCCUGCUUCUCCUUUCACCAAACAGAAAUCUACUGAAACUACUGCUGGACCUUCUCUAUCAGACAGCCAGAAAACAAGAUCGCAAUAAGAUGUCUGCCCAUAACCUUGCUUUCAUGUUUGCACCUCAUAUAAAAUGCCCUAAAAUGUAGUCAUCAAUAGGAAAAAAAACAUUUUAUUUAAAAAAAAAAUAACAAUGUUCUUAUUAAUUUGUCUCAAACUGGUGUGGUGUAUUAUUUAUUAUCAAUGUAAAACUACUAGGUUCUAAGCAAUACAAGUAUAGUAUCCAACAUGAGGUAACAAGAAAGAUGCAAGUACAGGAAUCCCAUCUCCUUCCAAGUUUAAACCAACAAUUCUUCAAAUUGUUUUCCAUUAUAAAAAUACUACCAAGAACUGAUGUUAAUUAAGCUAGUAUAAAUCUAUGGUGGCAAAACAAUCCUAUUGUUUAAUUCUAUUAUAUUUGAUAUACUACACCAUAAAAAUCAUGAACAAAUCCCUUUAAAAGUAAUUGGCUCUUCUAGUGAUCUGGGGUUUUCUGGAUAAUAGGUCUUUCUGUAAUUUGGAGCACUAUAUCUUAAAGGGAUAAAAAAACGG